AUGUCUUCAAACAUUAGUGGUUCCAGAUUAUUGCCUAGAGCAUCAAGAAAGGAAUUAUCAGCAGUAGAAAAGAAUUCAAUGACUUCCCCUUUAGAAAACAAAACAACCAAUACAUUGGAUAGAUUCAUUCCACACAGUACUUCCCAGAGGGCGUACAAGGCCUCAACAUUUCUUAAUCAAUUUUCUUCUGACGAUACAAGGGUAUUAGAAGAUACACCAAGAACACCACAACGACUGUCCUCACCGGAAUUUUUCACAGAUCUUGAAAGGACCAAUUAUUAUUCUGCUUUACCAAUAGCUCAACAUGAUAGUUCAACUUUAACUAGCUUAUCAAGUGAGUCCCAUUCAUCAAAUAGAAUCAAAAAGACCAAGAAAAGUAAGAAAUUAAAACAGUCAAAGAUACAUAGGAAAAAUAUUGCAAAUUCACUUGAUCUCUAUGCACACACAAAGGUUUUCCAGUAUAAGAAUGACACAAUUACCAUACCUGGAGAAUUUAAGAAUGAGAUUUUCAAAUUACAGAACUCAAAUGAGAUGGACCUAAGAGAUCAUAGACAAAGAUCUGCAAUCUACAACAGAAAAACGACAAGACCUAAAUCUAUAAUGCCAUUCAGAGUAUUAGAUGCAAGAGCUUUAAGAAACGAUUUCUACACAAAUUUGAUUGCGUGGUCAGCUACCUCAAACAAUAUUUUAAUUGGGUUAGGUGCAUCUGUUUAUAUGUGGUCAGAAAGAGCAGGUGCUAUACCAGUUAUGAAACAUGCUAUCCUAGCGGAGAGAAAUGACUUCAUUACUUGUGUAUCAUUUUCUCCAUUUAAUAGUAGGAUAAUAAUUGGAACCAAGAAUGGUUCAAUAUUUCUUUAUGACCAAGAUAUAUGUAUUCGUCACAAUAAAAAAUUCAGUGGCCUAGUUGCACUACAACCAAUACAUGAAUUCAGAAGAGAUACAUCUAAAGGUAUUGCAUGUAUCGAAUGGUUCCAUAACGAGAAUUCUCGGUUUGUUGUCGGAGCUGAAUCUGGCGAAGCAUAUAUUAUGGAUAUAACAAAUUCAACAGAUGAUCAAAUUAAUAUUAAACUUAUUGGUGAAUUCCAGGCACAUAGCCAACAAUCAUUAUUAGCAACAGGUGGUGGAAGUAAAGAUAAAACCAUUAAAUUCUGGCACUCUCCGACAGGUACAUUGAUCAAAGAAUAUAAAACAUCCAGCCAAAUUACAUCUCUAAUAUGGUCCGUAAACUAUAGACAACUUGUGGUAACCUUUGGAUUUGGUGACAUCGAUAACCCUAUAGUUUUAAUUGCAUAUACCUAUCCAGACCUCAACGAAAUGUUAUACGUUAAGACACCAACUCCACUCAGAGUACUGAGCGCUGUCCAUUCACCUAACUGUACGUCUAUAUGUGUGGCUAUGAAUGAUGAAACUAUCAGAUUCUAUGAAAUUUGGGGAGGCUCAUCUGAUAUCAUUAAUGAGUAUCAUGAUAAAGGACUUUACGGAUCUGAAAUUAUUGAAUUUAUUGAGGGAAUCCAUGAUAGUUACAGAGGUAAGAUAAGAUAA